AUGUAUACUUCUAGAGAAAUAGCCUUCAUUGCCAUCGGAAGCUUUGCAAUACUGACCUCGGUCUUGUGGAUUGCAUUUGUUGCUCAUGCGACUGUCUUAAAUGAUCAGGAAUCUCGACCAGAAAACAAUAAGCUCUCAAUUUCUGAGUUCGCCGCCGCCUGUUGCCUGAUAUUCUUUGGACUUCUCGUCCUAACGCCGCCGAUACUGGCCUACAGCAUUGUGGUCCUUUGUCUGGCAAUUGCUGCUAUUAUCCCUGGCUUUCUCUUCAGAGCUUGCGUCGAACCCGUCUGUGGUCCUUUUGCUUGCAGCAAAACCGCAAAUGUGGUCGACAUCUUGGAUAUCGCCUUCUAUCCUUGCCUUUAUGUCCUCCAGUAUUGGGAGGCCUAUAGUAUGUGGCUCAUCGGAGACGAGUGGGAGGCACCAACGUCUGCAAAAGCUCCAAUGCCGAAGAUUAAGGGCUCAGAGAAGGCAAUCGAAAGUCAAAGCGGCGAGCCAAACUCCAGGUGA